UGUGUGUGCAUGUGUGUGUGUGUAUGUAUGCAUGCACGCGUGAGUGUGGGUGACUCCAGUAUUGGACUAAGACCACAUCUUCUGCCUAGGCCUUACAUCUCCACCAUGGGUACCCCUCUCGUCUGUCCUGGAGCCUGUUCGGCCACAACAAGCUGCCUCCAAGAGCUCUAGAAACUGGUCACUAACUUUGCAGACAGAUGACCCUUGGGCAGCAAGAAGAGACUGGGGCUCUCUACGUUGUCCCCUUCGCUUGCCACCUGGGAUCCCUUGGCAGAGUCCUUCUAGGCUCCAGGCUGGAAUCUUGACCAUGGAACCCUGAAGUGACUCUGCUUUCCAGAGCUCAGUGGCAGACCCUAGCACUCCCAGGCCCUUCCUGCCUCUCGCACAGCCCAGCUUUCAAGCUCCUAGAGGGAGGGGAUUCAGAUUUCACUAGGCAGGGGUUUUGCAUCAUGAUGCUCAACUCUGACACCAUGGAGCUGGACCUGCCUCCCACCCACUCGGAGACCGAGUCGGGCUUUAGUGACAGUGGGGGCGGGCUGGGCCCGGAUGGUGCUGGGUCGGGGGAUCCUGGAGUGGGACAGGUCCGGAGCUCGGAGCUUGGAGAGUCCGGCCGCAAAGACCUGCAGCACCUGAGCCGUGAGGAGCGCAGGCGCCGGCGGCGCGCCACGGCCAAGUACCGCACCGCACAUGCCACGCGGGAGCGCAUCCGAGUGGAAGCCUUCAACCUGGCCUUCGCCGAGCUGCGCAAGCUACUGCCCACUCUACCCCCGGACAAGAAGCUCUCCAAGAUUGAGAUCCUCCGUCUGGCCAUCUGCUAUAUCUCCUAUCUGAACCACGUGCUGGACGUCUGAAACUCAGCCCGCUUCCCGCCCUGGGUUCUCCCCUUCUCCGUCACCACGCAUUACUUAGAAUGGCUGGCUCCUUCCCACCCCAGAGGACCCAGCUCACACCGCUAGUCCUGAAGGCCAUUUUGUUUUCAUUGGCCCAGGCGUGUGAGGGAUGUUCUCAUGGGUUCUUUCAGAGAGUUGUUCGGGGCCUAGCUGAUCAGAGUUGCUUGUCAGACUGGUUGGAAUGGAGUCCUUUUGGGGGGGUUACUAAACCUAGCCUCUCCUCAGCUGCUGCCUUUUCUGCCCUAUGUCCAAGUUUUCAGAGACCCCAGACCCUGAUUCUCUCUCUUUUGGCAAUGGUGGGGCUCAGCAUUAGAUUAUGAAGGGAAAUGUCUCCUGGCAGAGUGGGGGGGUGGGUUCCUAACUUCCAGACUUGUCUGUCCAUGCCCAGGGGAGGGAUAGGUUCUUGGAACACAGAGAGAAAAGUGAGGCGACUCCUGGGUAGCCAGGGACUGUAGAAAAAAUUCUGCCUUUCUUUUGUCUAUCUUGUUCCUGAGGCUUAGCACACACAGACCUCAGAUGUAACUUGGUAGUGAGUGCCUUUUUGGAGCUGUCUGGCUGUCCCUUCCCACUUCUGCCAUCCCAGCUUUCUCCCUCUCCCUGUGCCAGCCAGAAAAAGGAAAACCUCAGUCCUGGGGCAAGGAUGACAUCUCCAAACAGCCCAGGGCACCUUGCAGAAGGUUCAGGACCUGGGUGGGGCAGUUCAGCAGCAGCAAACAUGCAAACCCCAUCAGCUUCUCCCUCAGAUGCAAGGGGAUGCCUGCUACCGCGCCCUGUGAGUGCUCUAGGGUCUUCUUAUUACAUUUCCCCCCUUCCAUUCUUAAGCUGCAUGAAAAGGAAGGUGCCCCACCCGUGCUACUAAGCCCCACCUGAGCACCUGGAGUCGAUGGGCCUUAGAAUCCCCCGUUAGAAGAAAUGAACUCCCUGCUCUUCUCCGCUCCAUUCACCCUCACACCAAACUCCUAGCUCUACAAGGAUAUUUAUUUAUGUAUUUAUUUAUUUAUUCAUUUAUUUAUUUAUAAAUAUUACUAUUUAUUACCGAGUUAUGCACUUUGGGGUAGGGCGAGGCCCUCCCUGCUGGGAUCCCUUUGCUUUUCCCUGGUUACUUCUUUCCUUGUAUUGUUCCUUCCCCAGUGCAGGUAUGUGUGGGACCCCUUCACCCACCAUAUCAGUACCCCUUCCUCAGCUCCCCCCCACCUGCUUUCCCCUGGAACAGUGCCCCCCUCCAGCCUCCUAGCUUCUGGGUGUCCUCUCCCCCCGCCCCCUUGACAAUCCCACUGCAGUCCUUUCUAUUCCAUUCCUCUUACCAGCCCUGCUUUUCCCACCAAGAAAAAAAAUACCACCAAGAACAGACCUCAGGAUCUGUGCCUGGUGUCCUAUGUGUAAGUCUCUUUCUGGUUGCAUUCCUAACUUCUUACGAAAAGAAAAAUUAAAGUGACCU